AUAUGCGUGAUUUCCGGAACAAAGAAGCCUGGCAACCUUCAUACGUUUUUGACACCAAUUUACAAGGAACUCGAUCUUCUAUCCAGACUUGGCAUCAAGGUUCAGACCAGUGAUAGUCUCGUUAUUCACUACAAAGUCCAUCUCAUGACAUUCUUAGGCGAUAUCCCUGCUAUUGCGGAUACCAUGAAUCACUCAGGACAUACGUCAAAAUCUGGUUGUCGUAGUUGUGUUAUGAAAGGAUCAAGCUUCGAAGGAUAUGGUAUCUACUUUCCUGGUCGUUCAUCACACUAUUCUCUGCGUACUGUCAAUGACUUCCGUCAACCUCAGCUCUAUGUAACAUUUCUCAACACUUUCGAAGGGCCGAGUUUCUUUGGUUUGGAAGAAAUGCAUCUUUUGGGUCAUGGUCUGACGAAACAAUUGAAAGAUCUUUUUGGUUCACCUAAUGUCAAUGAAAUGAUUCCAGACAGAAACGUUGCUGGUGGCGCAUGGAAAACGUUCCCCUUCUUCCUUGAUGGUAUCAAGCUCGUUAAUGUUGGCGAAGCUAUGCUCUCUUCCAGGUGCAAUAUACCUUCUGAAGUUUUUGGAGGCAACUGGGACGACAUUUUUGCAAGAAAAGGACGUGCAGUGGAUUGGAUGGAUUUCUUGCUUUUUGUGGUGCCAACGCUCAUUCUCCCUCAUAUGCUGGACAAAAAGGCUCAAGAAGUUAUGCACGACAUGUUGUUGGCCUGUCAUCUAUGUUUGCGGUGGGAAAUCCGACCUUACGACUUGUCAUUUAUAAGACGAUCCAUGGACAGAUUCCAGAAUUGUUUGAAUAUUGCAAUGACCAAGAAGGCGAUCAAGAGGAAGGUAUUUACUAUUACGAUGCACUACUUGGGACAUAUAUGGUAUAUCGUUCAACAUCUUGGGCCUAUGAACGUAUACUCCUGCAGGUCUAUGGAAAGAACAAGAAAAGACAGAAGAUAG